AUGGGGCAGUGUUUGAGGUACCAGAUGCAGUGGGAGGACCUGGAAGAGUACCAGGCUCUGACGUUCCUGACGAGAAAUGAGAUUCUGUGCAUCCAUGACUCCUUUCUGAAGCUCUGCCCCUCGGGCAAGCACUACAAGGAGGCCACACUGACCAUGGACCAGGUCAGCUCCCUGCCGGCUCUGAGGGUCAAUCCUUUCAGAGACCGCAUCUGCAAGGUGUUCUCCCACGACGAUGUGUUCUCCUUUGAAGACGUGCUGGGCAUGGCGUCUGUGUUCAGUGAACAGGCCUGCCCCAGCCUGAAGAUUGAGUAUGCCUUUCGCAUCUAUGAUUUCAAUGAGAACGGCUUCAUUGAUGAGGAGGACCUCCAGAAGGUGGUGCUAAGACUGCUGAACAGUGACGACGUGUCCGAGGACCUGCUGACGGAUGUCACGCAACACGUCCUGAGCGAAUCAGAUCUGGACAACGACAACAUGCUUUCCUUCUCCGAGUUCGAGCAUGCAAUGGCCAAGUCUCCGGACUUCAUGAACUCCUUUCGGAUUCACUUCUGGGGCUGCUGA